GGAAAAUGGUUCGGUGAUUCACGUACGAGGCACACGCCCCCCGGGACAAUACCAUAAAAAACAUCAAGUCUCCACAUUCAAGUUUCUUCCUUUGACUUUCCUACGCGUUCGGAAGAUGGCACGCUAUUCAGGCGAGGAAGCUCUUCAGAUGAUUUUGCACAGCGAGGAAGAAUUUACCUUUUCCUCAGAAGAAGAUCGCGACUCCGACGACGACGAACGGUUGCAUUUUGAAGAGCGGACUGAUCCAGCUGAGGAUUUUCCUGCAAGCUGUUACGAAGAGAAUGUGGUUGCAUCACCCUUGCCUUCACCGGGGCACGAAGGUGUCGUUCAGUUUUCAGUGCGAUCGAGAAUCAUACUGAGAGACACUGUGCAGAGGAGAGUGAAAUCACAAGGUACAUGGAGAACAAAAACAUUUCCAUGUCCUGCACCUGUGACAUGUGCAUACAACCAGCACAUGACCUGUCUGAUCAGCUGUUACAGUACAACACCGCACAGCACAAAACAAAACAAUGAAGUGGUAAGAAAUCAGAAAGAUUUUUCUACGCUUCUUGGACAUUGCUGCCACCAGUGCUUUCAUUGUGCACAAAAAGAGCUAUAUGGUAACUUGUCCCAUAAAGAGUUUAUGGAACAACUUAUCACAAAGCUUUGUGGUGUCUCACAGAAAGUAGCACCAAAACGGACCAGUAGUGACUAUAUCCCAGGUCCAGGAACUGACCUGACCUCAGAUGCCAGGAAUGUUGCCUCUGCUGGUCGCAAGAGCUGUGUGCAUUGCAAAGCAGUGCAUGGUAAGAAACAGAAAACACCAUGGAAAUGCCAGGCAUGCGAUGUGCACCUAUGUCUUCAGCUGAACAGGAACUGCUUUCAAGAGUGGCACAGAGAUGUGUGAUUGUGUAUAGGGUGUAAGAGUGGGCUUUUACAAACCUUACACCCUUUUUUUUUUUUUAUCUUGCACUGUUCCUGUUUGCACUGUACAACUACAUGUUUCCUGUGUAAAUUCAAGUAUAGUACAUAUCCUGGACAUUUUCUCUGCACUGUGAGCGAGUAGGUUAUGCAUAGGGUGUAAGAAACAUGUAAAUUCAGCUUGGAAAUGCUAGGUAUGUAAUGCUUUAUGCUCACGUCCAUUUUUUUUCUUGUCUAGUGUCUGCUGUUUCCCGUUUUCCCGUGACAGAUUUGUC